GGUGCAUUAUUUCAAAAGUCUGCAGUGAAACACCCACCCCCUGACCUCCCUGAGAUGCCCCCAUGUAGCUUUAAUCCAGAAGAAUACAAGGUACAGUAAGAAUGUAGCUUCAUUCCAGAGGAAUAAAAGUUACAGUAAGAAUGUAGCUUUAAUCCUGAGGUAUAAAAGUUACAGUAAGAAUGUAGCUUUAAUCCUGAGGAAUACAAAUUACAGUAAGAAUGUAGCUUUAAUCCAGAGGAAUAAAAAUUACAGUAAGAAUGUAGCUUUAAUCCAGAGGAAUAAAAAUUACAGUAAGAAUGUAGCUUUAAUCCUGAGGAAUACAAAUUACAGUAAGAAUGUAGCUUUAAUCCAGAGGAAUAAAAAUUACAGUAAGAAUGUAGCUUUAAUCCUGAGGAAUACAAAUUACAGUAAGAAUGUAGCUUUAAUCCAGAGGAAUAAAAAUUACAGUAAGAAGGCAGGGUUUACAUUAACAAAGUUGGAGUGUCAAACUUAUAACAGUGCCGGGUUUGGGUCAAUUCCAUUUUAAUUCAGUCAAUUCAGGAAGUAAACUAAAUUUCAAAAUUCCUGAGCAGAGAAUUAAAUGUCACUUUACUUCCUGAAUUGACUAAAUUGACCCCAACCCUGGUGAUAAGUUCCAGUAACAGUGUAUUCAUUUUAGUAUAGUGUGUACCUUUAUAAUAUAAUCUGCCCAUGUCCUAGGUCCAAAAAUUCAUAUUGAACAUGGUAUCAUUAUUCUAGGACAUGUCCAAAGAGCGUAUGAUGGAGAUUCGGAGACAGAACUGCAACCCUAUGACCAUGAAAGUGACCUACUACAAGAAGCCAGUGUACAUCCACCAGGGACACAUGCAGUGGCUGUGGGACGUGGACGGGAGGCGCUACCUGGACCUGUUCGCUGGCGUUGCCACUGUCAGCGUGGGGCACUGCCACCCGUAAGAUCCUUUCAUAUACCCAUCACUAUCCACCUAGCCUGAGUACCAGUCUACAGUAUUUGGCUUGACAAUGAGCAAUGGAGUUGGCAAGAGCACAAACAGAUCUGGGACCAGGCUACUAUCCACCAGGAAUUGGGUCAAGUUCAUUUUUGAUUCAGGAAGUAAUUUCAAUGACGAAAAUUGGAAUUGGAAUUUCAGUUUACAUCCUGAAUUAAAAUGGAAUUUACCCCAACCCCGCUUGCUAUAGAAGAGAAAGUAUCACUCAUCAUUUGUCAUUUGUCAAUGAAGUUCCAAGGAUCCUCUGAACAUCUCUAAGCUGUUGCUGAUGUUGUGUCUCUGUAGAAAGGUGACAGCGGCAGCAGAGAAGCAGCUGCGAAAGCUGUGGCAUACAACUAACAUCUACGUGCAUUCCCCUCUGCAUGAGUACACUGAGAAACUAGCUGCCACCCUACCAGACCCACUGAAGGUACAGCACCAUAUCCUCGGUUAAUUUUGUUUGUUUAUUUCAUUGUAUGACACAGUGAUGUUUCACCACAACACACGGAACUUAUCUGCAAUAUUGGUCAGGUUCUGCAGGUUCCAAAGGUUCCGAUGACCAAAUGAAUUGAUGAUCAUCAAUUGUUUGGAUUUCUAUUGAGACAAAGCGCCAUAAUUACAAACACAAAUAUCCUGUCUGUACCUGUGUUUCCUGCUAGGUUAUCUACCUGACAAACAGUGGCUCUGAGGCCAACGACCUGGCUAUGCUCAUGGCUAGGCUACACACAGGAAACUUUGACGUCAUCACACUGAGGUAACCCUGGCUACGGUUUGGUCUUUAUUGGUUUGCUAAUGAAUGUUCAACUGUGAUAAUAAGUGGUUGUUUGUCUCUUUCCUAUACAGUGUGAUAACAGUCUGAAGGAUAACAGACUGAUGUAUAACAGUGUGUGGUUGUACUCUAGUGUUACCUCACAGGAGAAGUUUGAACUGCUUCUUACUGCAGUGUAACAUGAGAACAAGGGAGAACAAGGGAGAACAUGGGAGAACAUGGGAGAACAAGGGAGAACAAGGGAGAACAAGGGAGAACAAGGAGAACAGGGGAGAACAGGGAGAACAGGGAAAACAAGGGAUAACAGGGAAAACAAGGAGAACAAGGGAGUGGUGCAGUGGUCUAAGGCACUGCAUCGCAGAGCUAGCUGUGCCACUAGAGAUCCUGGUUCGAAUACAGGCUCUGUCGUAGCCGGCCGCGACCGGGAGACCCAUGGGGCGGCGCACAAUUGGCCCAGCGUCGUCCAGGGUAGGGGAGGGUAUGGCCGGCAGGGAUGUAGCCCAGUUGGUAGAGCAUGGCGUUUGUAACGCCAGGGUUGUGGGUUCGAUUCCCACGGGGGGCCAGUAUGAAAAAAUAAAAUAAUGUAUGCACUCACUAACUGUAAGUUGCUCUGGAUAAGAGUGUCUGCUAAAUGACAAAAAUGUAAAUACGGGAGAACAAGGGAGAACAAGGGGGAACAAGGGAGAACAAGGGGGCACAAGGGAGAACAAGGGGGCACAAGGGAGAACAAGGGGGCACAAGGGGGCACAAGGGGGAACAAGGGGGAACAAGGGAGAACAAGGGUGAACAGGGAGAACAGUCAGAGAACGUGUUUGCUCUGAAGUGGAUAUGAAAUGUUUAGUUGAUCAUAAACUAAAAACUGUGAAUAAACUCUGGUUGCCUGUCUGUUGCAGGGGUUCCUACCAUGGUGGCAGUCCACAUACUAUGGGUCUCACCUCCAAUGCAGCCUAUAAGUACCCCGUUGCCUCUGGGUUAGGCUGCCACAAUGUAAGUAUGAGAUGGCGAUCACUACUGUCUGUCACCAGGACCGGCCCGCUUAUUAGGUACCCUAUGGUGGCAGAUUGAUGAGGGCGGCUUUUUCUGAGCUAAACUGACCAAGACGCACCUCCAACAACACAUAAAACCUCACAUAAUUCUGCCCAAGAACAAUUAACAUUUCUCUCAACCAGUGGCAUAAGGGCUUUUUAGGUGCAGUGCCCACUUUGUCAAAGGCAGGGAUGCAAAGUAUUUAUCUUGUCCAUUCCCAGCGAUGCAGCUCUGCAGCACUCCACCAACAUUCCGUCCCAAAAAAUUAUCAAACAUAAAUCAUGUAGCAGAUAUAGCACAUGGUAGAAAGUGUAUGUGGCCUUUUUCUGUAGCCUACAAGCUGGAGAUAAAAUGUAUGACAAUGUAAUGAGACUAAAUUGUUUUUGGUAUCUUUUAAUUGUCAAUAUUAGACUAAGCACAGGUGAUUUGAUGAUGUUGACAUGUUGAAGUUUAAAUGGUGCUUGAAUAGUGGAGGCAGCUGUUUUCUUUGCGACAUGCGGUAACUCCGUGGUUCUAAAUCAAUAGUUGUUUAGUGCUUUGAAAAUGACGGAAAUAUCAACUUGCUUGACCAUGCUUUAGGUCAGUGGUUCCCAACCAGGGGUACUAGGACCCCUGGGGGUAUUUGGCCUAUCCACAGGAGGUACCUGAGAAGACUCAUGAGACCAUGUGCUUACUGGUAAAAUGGAAAUGAGGGGGUACUUCAUGGGUAUUCUGGGCAGAGAAAAAUUCAGUUGGUGGUACAAUAAGGGGAAAAGGUUGGGAACCCGCUGCUGUAGGUCAUGUAACUGUUUGUUACGUGCAAUAUGCUUUGUGGACUUCACCGGACAGAUGUUGCUCUCCGGUUUUGUGAUGAAACAAAAGGUGUGGUUGAAUUUAGUCUGCCGCUGUGUCUUCUUAUUGUCUCAGCCUUAGGCCUAUAUAUCACGGUCGCAAGGCAUAUGAACUAACAGGUUAUAGAGCAAACCACGCAAUUAUCACAACACAUAGGCUGUAAUAUGUUGUUGUUUUUUGGCUUCCCCCUGUGAUUUUACCCACGCUACUGCUUCAACGUCUGGAAAAAUACAUAUAUUAGACGUCUUUUCAACGUCAUUUUGCUUACUGGGACUAUUCAAGUAGGGGCAGCAAUUGUUUGGUCUCACCCUAGGGCAGCAGAAUGGCCAGGACCAGCCCUGUACCGAAUAGUAAUUUUUCACCCAUAUCUUACAUUAUAUGUCCGAUCUAUUACAGCAAUCUGGGUUUUAUUUGAAGCAAUGGCGCAGUGAGGACGAGACAGGUUUAACCUAAUUUGACUCCUCUCCUGCCAGACCAUGUGUCCUGAUGUAUUUGCUGGCCCAUGGGGAGGAAGCAACUGUAGAGACUCCCCAGUCCAGACCAUUAGGAACUGUAGCUGUCCCCAAGGUACAGUAAAACACACACGCAUGCACACACACAGGGUGUAGCCAUCUAUGAACCACCAGGGAGGUCUUAUGGGGAUUAGGAGUCUCCAGGUUACACACACAUGUGCAAACACACAGACACAAUAACCCCCUCCCCCCUCCCCCCUUUUUGUAGGCGUUGAUACAUUUUUCGUUAGGGCAAAUCAAGUCUAACAUUUAGAAGCCUUUUUAAACCUUAAAUACACAAGUUAGCAUUUCCUGCUGUACCGGAAAAUUCUCAGCAACAAAACCGUGAUACAAUUAGGCUAAUAUCCUAAAUCUGUAGCCAGGGCAUUAUAACACUGCUUCAUAAAAGGCAUUAUAUUAUAUCUUGUGACCAAAAUCUAUUAUUACACUGUCUAUUUUCUGCAUUGGGCUCCCGAGCAGCGGUCUAAGGCACUGCAUCUCAGUGCUUGAGGCGUCACUACAGACCCCCUGGUUCGAUUCCAGGCUGUAUCACAACCGGCCGUGAUUGGGAGUCCCAUAGGGCGGCGCACAAUUGGCCCAGCGUCGUCCGGGUUUGGCCGGUGUAGGCCGUCAUUGUAAAUAAGAAUUUGUUCUUAACUGACUUGCCUAGUUAAAUAAAGGUAAAAAAUAUAUAUAAAAAAUAAAAAUAAUAAUGCUACUGUGAUAUUUUAUCUAUAGAAAGUAUUACUUUAUUUUCCAACAUCAACUGUUGAUGCUGUUUUGUGCUAAAUCCUGUUUUGUCUGUAUCUGUGCUAAAGUGUGUAGCAGACUAUACUGCCCUACCAAGCAAAAAGACAGUAACUGCUCAUUUGGUCGAAAAUGAGUUCAUGUCAUUUUUGCUACAUUAAAUACAUGCUUAAUCAUGUGGACAAGUAUCCUGCCUCUAUUGUAUUGUGGAGAAAAUGGGGGUCAUAUUAGCAGUAACUGCAUAAGGUUACUGUGAAACCAAGGUAAAUAAAAGCCAUUUUUCUCAGUUCCACGCUAUGAGCAGGUACUGCCUUUUUGCUUGGUAGGGCAGUAUAGACAGAGGUAAUUUUACAAUCAUAUUCAAUCAAAACCUGUAUCUGGUUGUAAAACUCCAGUAGUGUGUUAUUUAGCUCAGUUGAAUAAGGGUGAGGGUUAUGCGGCAAACCUGAAAAUGAAUAUUUUUUACAGUCAGACCUAAGUUCAGUUCAAAGUCCACUUUUUAAUCAAACAUUUACCAUUUCCUAGAACAUUUUUCAACCCAUUCACUUUAUAACUCCCUGUCUGUCAGCGAGUAACACUACUGUGCCUGUAAAUCUGUCAAACAAGUUCCAUGGUCCAGUGUUUACACUACCUUGAAAGAGGAAGUUUGAGUAAGGGUAAAAAUGUGCAACAGCAUUAAUGCGGUUUGGUUGUUGGGUGGUGAAACACAUUAUUACCCUUGAUUGCUGACGCGCAAAACAUUUUGGGACUAAUAUCAAAAAUGGAAACUAAUGAAACAAAUACCCAAGUUCCUUUCAUUCUUCAAUUACAGGAUCGUGUACGGCGAAUGACAAAUACAUUGGGCAGCUGAACGAGGUCUUUGCCACCAGUGUUCCCAGUCGCAUCGCUGGUUUCUUCGGUGAACCUAUUAUGGUACAGUUCUUAUCGUUAUCCUUUCAACAUCUCCAUAGCUACAAGAAGUAAGGAUAAACCCUUAUAAAAAACAACCCAAUAACCAUCUUGUUACUGCAAGAAAUGUAUAAGGCAAAAAAAAUAAAAAUAUAUAAGGCUUUAAACAAGAAGCUGUGACCUAAAAACGCAUAAUCCCGAGUGGCGCAGCGCUCUAAGGCACUGCAUCUCAGUGCUUGAGGCGUCACUACAGACCCCCUGCUUCGAUUCUGGCUGUAUCACAACCGGCCGUGAUUGGGAGGGCGGCGCACAAUUGGCCCAGCGUCGUCCGGGUUUGGCCGGUGUAGGCCGUCAUUGUAAAUAAGAAUUUGUUCUUAACUGACUUGCCUAGUUAAAUAAAGGUAAAAUAAAAAAUACAGUAAGAACAAUGUAGCACAUUGCUAUGGGGAAUAAAUGACAAGCUGAAGAAGCCAACUCUUAAUUGGCUAUUAUUCCAGCUCAGCUAAUUAUCUUGGCUUAAAUAUACACUGCUCAAAAAAAUUAAGGGAACACUAAAAUAACACAUCCUAGAUCUGAAUGAAUGAAAUAAUCUUCUUAAAUACUUUUUUCUUUACAUAGUUGAAUGUGCUGACAACAAAAUCACACAAAAAUUAUCAAUGGAAAUCAAAUUUAUCAACCCAUGGAGGUCUGGAUUUGGAGUCACCCUCAAAAUUAAAGUGGAAAACCACACUACAGGCUGAUCCAACUUUGAUGUAAUGUCCUUAAAACAAGUCAAAAUGAGGCUCAGUAGUGUGUGUGGCCUCCACGUGCCUGUAUGACCUCCCUACAACGCCUGGGCAUGCUCCUGAUGAGGUGGCGGAUGGUCUCCUGAGGGAUCUCCUCCCAGACCUGGACUAAAGCAUCUGCCAACUCCUGGACAGUCUGUGGUGCAACGUGGCGUUGGUGGAUGGAGCGAGACAUGAUGUCCCAGAUGUGCUCAAUUGGAUUCAGGUCUGGGGAACGGGCAGGCCAGUCCAUAGCAUCAAUGCCUUCCUCUUGUAGGAACUGCUGACACACUCCAGCCACAUGAGGUCUAGCAUUGUCUUGCAUUAGGAGGAACCCAGGGCCAACCGCACCAGCAUAUGGUCUCACAAGGGGUCUGAGGAUCUCAUCUCGGUACCUAAUGGCAGUCAGGCUACCUCUGGCGAGCACAUGGAGGGCUGUGCGGCCCCCCAAAGAAAUGCCACCCCACACCAUGACUGACCAACCGCCAAACCGGUCAUGCUGGAGGAUGUUGCAGGCAGCAGAACAUUCUCCACGGCGUCUCCAGACUCUGUCACGUCUGUCCCGUGCUCAGUGUGAACCUGCUUUCAUCUAUGAAGAGCACAGGGCGCCAGUUGCGAAUUUGCCAAUCUUGGUGUUCUCUGGCAAAUGCCAAACGUCCUGCACGGUGUUGGGCUGUAAGCACAACCCCCACCUGUGGACGUCGGGCCCUCAUACCACCCUCAUGGAGUCUGUUUCUGACCGUUUGAGCAGACACAUGCACAUUUGUGGCCUGCUGGAGGUCAUUUUGCAGGGCUCUGGCAGUGCUCCUCCUGCUCCUCCUUGCACAAAGGUGGAGGUAGCAGUCCUGCUGCUGGGUUGUUGCCCUCCUACGGCCUCCUCCACGUCUCCUGAUGUACUGGCCUGUCUCCUGGUAGCGCCUCCAUGCUCUGGACACUACGCUGACAGACACAGCAAACCUUCUUGCCACAGCUCGCAUUGAUGUGCCAUCCUGGAUGAGCUGCACUACCUGAGCCACUUGUGUGGGUUGUAGACUCUGUCUCAUGCUACCACUAGAGUGAAAGCACCGCCAGCAUUCAAAAGUGACCAAAACAUCAGCCAGGAAGCAUAGGAACUGAGAAGUGGUCUGUGGUCACCACCUGCAAAACCAGUCCUUUAUUGGGGGUGUCUUGCUAAUUGCCUAUAAUUUCCACCUGUUGUCUAUUCCAUUUGCACAACAGCAUGUGCAAUUUAUUGUCAAUCAGUGUUGCUUCCUAAGUGGACAGUUUGAUUUCACAGAAGUGUGAUUGACUUGGAGUUACAUUGUGUUGCUUAAGUGUUCCCUUUAUUUUUUUGAGCAGUGUAUUUAUAACUACAUAGGCCAUAGCCUACUGGUUCUAGUGGUUAUGCUUUAACAUAGUUAUUUCUGGCUCCAUAUAAUCUGACAAGUACAGCCAAUUAAAUUGAAUUAUUUAUCCAAUAUAAACUUAACUCAUUGUGGAGACGUUGCAUUACACAUUUGUCAUGUCCGAGGGUUUACUGUUGAAAAUAAACAAUUGUCACAGGAUAGUUGUGGUUUCAUAUGUUGUUUAAUUGUUAUUAUUAUAUAUUGCUUCAUGUAUUUCUACAGGGAGUUGGAGGAGCUGUCCAAUACCCCAAGAACUUCCUGAAGGAUACCUACAAACUUGUGAGGGAGAGAGGUGGGGUCUGCAUUGCAGAUGAGGUUAGAUACCUUUACAUAUUCCAUCCUCGUAUGUAUUUUUUCAAUAUGCCUAUUUGUUUAUAUACCAUUCAUUACAUAUAACAAAUGACAACUAUAUAGAUGCUUCAGAAAUCAUUAAUAAGCAAGUCAUCAUGCUACAUAAAAGGAUGUCAAAAAGGGUUAUGUCCACAUAGAUCUAUGUGUCACUCAUAUAUCAACCAUGUUUUCCUGUUUGUACCUGGUCUUCUCUGCAUCAGGUCCAGACAGGAUUUGGCCGCACAGGAAGUCACUUCUGGGGGUUCCAAGGUCAUGAGGUCAUACCAGACAUGGUCACCAUGGCGAAGGGCAUCGCUAAUGGCUUCCCUAUGGGAGCGGUUGUCACGACACCUGGUAAGACAGGAAGCACUUGCUUUAUUUACCACCUCAGUGGAGGGGAAGAAGGUAUAGCACUCCACACACAGCUGAUCAUAGCUACUGUUAAAUAAAACAAUGACUGCCUGACACAUGCAUUUGCUGAAUAGAAUAUAAACGUCUUCUGUCUUUCCCAACACCCUCCCACACACACACACACACACACACACACAGGGUCAGCAGCACUGCAGCGCCUCUUGAUGGAGGGGCUAGGAAUUUGCUCACUGCCAUCAUCCUUCAGUAAAUUUAAGAUGUAAAUAAACAUUCUAAUUCAGUUUCUCCUAAUUGAAAAGUCAUCACAUCAUGCUAUAUACAGUAGAAACCAACUCUGGAACCUUACAGGUUCUAUAACUGACAACCCUAAUACAGGUUCUAUAAGGACCAUGAUGCAGGUUCUGUAACUGAGAAAUGUGAUACUGGUUCUACAAGUGAGAACCGUGAUACAGGUUCUACAAGUGAGAACCGGGUAAUGCCAGCUUUUUUUGUAACAGCUUUGUUUCCAUGUCAACACAUCCCUAUUGUCCCUGGAAUCAAUAGGCCAGAAACAAUGAUUGUUCACCUCUCACACCACAAUGAUGGUUCAGGUCUCACACCACGGUGUGCUAACAAUCAAUGUCUCUGAUUGACGUCAGACAACACACCACUCGGACUGUGUGUCUGUGCUAGUGCGUGUGUUGAGGCGUGAGGAAACAUAACCAGCUAACCCUUGGAGGUCAGUCUCAGCUUUCAACAGGUCUCACAGAGUGUAGAAAUAAUCACUAUUGUAAUGUGGUAGUGAUUUUCCUUGUGGUUCUGGAUUCAUCCACUUUUCAGUCCGUGGCCUGUAUCAAGGGUUGGAACGGUUCAAGGAACAGAACCGAAAACAACAAAAUUAUUUGAGGAACAGAGCCCAAACCGAAAGUGAUCUAUACUUUUCCGGAAAAGAACCGUUAUUUUUAAAAAACAUGGGAACCGGUUAAUAACUGCAUUUUUUCCCUUUCCCACAAAAAUCGCAACAAAGAGCCUAUUGCAAAGCCCUCACUCUAUCACUCAGAAAGUUAUUCCAUCGUCUGCCUGCCAGCUGGAACUCUCUGCCAGUGGGUAUGUGUGUAGGUUACCUGCCCCUCCCCUCUGAAUCAUAGGUUUCUGUAGCCUACUGAUGACGUUACAAGCGUAAUUCAGAAAAAGAGAUGUUUAAUUAGAGAAUGGAUUGACAUUUUCAAUGCUAGUUAAGGACUGAGUGUACAAAACAUUAAGGACAUCUGUUCUUUCCAUGACAUAGACUGACCAGGGUGAAUCCAGGUGAAAGCUAUGAUCCAUUAUUGAUGUCAGUGGUUGUGAUGAGUGUGAUGAAAGGAGUCAGUCGCACGAGGGUAAUCACCGAAUACAGAGUUUAAUCCUUCGUUGACACACACAUGCGCUCAAAUAGCGAUCAACGAAACAGGCACAGGGGACACUCAUCCCUGGCAAAUACACUGUAAUGGUAGAAUCCAAUAAUACAUAGGCACAGGGGGAAAUUCUACCCUGGCAACAACAAGGUAAGGGUAGCUCAACCGAGCUACACACAGCUCACUACAAACAAUCACCCACACAGACAAGGAAGCAGAGGGAACACUUAAACAAUGACUAAUGAGGGAUAAGGACCAGGUGUGUGUGAUAAAUAAGACAAAACAAAUGGAGUGAUGAUAAAUGGAUCGGCAGUAGCUAGUAAGCCGGUGACGACGAACGCCGAAACCUGCCCGAACAAGGAGGGGAGGCAGCCUCGGCGGAAGUCGUGACAGUUUUUAAAUCCACUUCAAAUCAGUGUAGAUGAAGGGGAGGAGACAGGUUAAAGAAGGAUUUUUAAGCCUUGAGACAAUUGAGACAUGGAUUAUUUGUGUGUGCCAUUCAGAGGGUGAAUGGGCAAGACAAAAUAUUUAAGUGCCUUUGAACUGGGUAUGAUAGUAGAUGCCAGGCACACCGGUUUGUGUCAAGAACUGCAACGUUGCUGGGUUUUUCACGCUAAACAGUUUCCCAUGUGUAUAAAGAAUGGUCCACCACCCAAAAAAUAUCCAGUCAACUUGACAAAACUGUGGGAAACAUUAGUCAACAUGGGCCAGCAUCCCUGUGGAACGCAUUCGACACCUUGUAGAGUCCAUGCCCCGAUUAAUUGAGGCUGUUCUGAGGGCAAAAGGGGUUGCAACUCAAUAUUAGGAAGGUUUCCUUAAUGUUUUAUGCACUCAGUGAGUAGUUAUCACGUUUCACAUUGGAUUUAUUAACUACAAAAAGGUAAGAGGUGUUUUGAAUUUUUGUGCUGCUCUGCACACACAAGCUUGUUAGCUAGCUAGCGAAUGUUUGCUCUGGCCCAACGUUAAACCAACUCAUUCAAAGAUCCUCCAUAGAAGCCACUCCUCCGUAGGUAUAAUUCUGUGGGCCUAAUUCAGAUACUGCAUGUCAUAACGAGAUGCCCAGCGCUUAAAAGGCAAGCUUCCUCCAUCCUCACCCUCAAAAUGUCAGUUGCAUCUCGCGCCCUACAUUGUGACUGGUAGCACAGUGUGUGUUUUUCUUUCAUCAUGAUUAAACCAAUGCUAUUACGCAAAAUACAAUUUGCUCUUCAUGACUUUCCUUUACAGAUUAAAUUGCUUGACCACUCCACAGAAAGCUGCUCUAUCCGCACUGAUCGGUGAAGUCAUUUAAUGUCGAGCUUAAUGUUAAGAUACACACUACCGUUCAAAAGUUUGGGGUCACUUAGAAAUGUCCUUGUUUUCGAAAGAAAAGCAAUUUGUACUUUUUUUGGUUCUAACACCAGUCUCAACGUCAACAGUGAAUAGGCGACUCCGGGAUGCUGACCUUCUAGGCAGAGUUGCAAAGAAAAAGCCAUAUCUCAGACUGCCCAUCUUAAUAUUUUAUUUUUAUUGGCCAGUCUGAGAUAUGGCUUUUUCUUUGCAACUCUGCCUAGAAGGUCAGCAUCCCGGAGUCGCCUCUUCACUGUUGACGUUGAGACUGGUGUUUUGCGGGUACUAUUUAAUGAAGCUGCCAGUUGAGGACCUGUGAAGCAUCGGUUUCUCAAACUAGACACUAAUGUAUUUGUCAUCUUGCUCAGUUGUGCACUGGGGCCUCCCACUCCUCUUUAUAUUCUGGUUAGAGACAGUUUGCGCUGUUCUGUGAAGGGAAUAGUACACAGCGUUGUACGAGAUCUUCAGUUUCUUGGCAAUUUCUUGCCUUCAUUUCUCAGAACAAGAAUAGACUGAUGAGUUUCAGAAGAAAGUUCUUUGUUUCUGGCCAUUUUGAGCCUGUAAUCGAACCCACAAUUGCUGAUGCUCCAGAUACUCAACUAGUCUCAAGAAGACCAGUUUUAUUGCUUCUUUAAUCAGCACAACAGUUUUCAGAUGUGCUAACAUAAUUGCAAAAGGGUUUUCUAAUGAUCAAUUAGCCUUUCAAAAUGAUAUACUUGGAUUAGCAAACACAAUGUGCCAUUGGAACACAGGACUGAUGGUUGCUGAUAAUGGGCCUCUGUACGCCUAUGUAGAUAUUCCAUAAAUUUUUUUGCUUUUCUUUCGAAAACAAUGACAUUUCUAAGUGACCCCAAACUGUUGAACGGUAGUGUAGGUAUCAAAUACAUAGUUAUCAAUAGGUAUCAAAUACAUCAAACAGAUGGAAACCACGUUUGACUCCAUUCAAUUAAUUCCAUUCCAGCCAUUACAAUGGGCCCAUCCUCCUAUAGUUCCUCCAACCAGCCUCCUAUGACUCUCUCUCGAAUCCUUCUAUGGAAGGAGUUUUCCCCUGGAAUGAUGAGGUGUGAAGUGAGAUGUCGCACUCAGCUCUGUUUGUGACUUGUUUUCCAGAGAUCGCCGCUUCAUUUGGCAAGGGCGUUCACUUCAACACGUUCGGUGGUAAUCCUGUGGCUUGUGCCAUCGCCUCAUCUGUUCUGGAUGUAAGCAGAAACACAUCCGACUAAACCAGUGUUUCUCAACUCCAGUCCUCCAGUAGCCCCAACAGCACACAUUUGGGUUGUAGCCCCGGACAAACACAUCUGAUUCUACUCAUUGAGGGCUUGAUGAUUAGUUGACUAAUUGAAUCAGGUGUGCUAGUCCGGGGUUACAAUAAAAAUGUGCACUGUUGGUGGUACUUCAGGACCGGAGUUGAGAAACACUGAACUAAACUACCAUCUAUGAUGAGCAUUAAAACACAUUAAACAAAUCUGUGCUGAGCUACUGUGUAUAAUGCAUUUUCUUCUGCGUUUCCAUUUACUUUAUACCGAAUGCUUAUUAUUAGAAUUUGCACUAAAUUAGUUUUCUAUAUUUAAGAGUAGAUUAGAGUACCAUUUAAGUAGAUUUCAGCUUUAGAAUUUGCAUGUCACAGAAGCACACAUUUUAAAACAUUUUAUUGCAUGGCUAAUGCACCAUGUUCCUUCAUGUUGCACACCAUAGAAAUAGAAUGACUAUAAAUUGCACGGCACCAUUAUAAUUGCUAAUACUCCAUGUGUUGUUAAUGUUACUAAAUGUUCCAUGUUGCACACCGUAGAAAUAGAGUUGCUUACUAUAAUUGUAUUUCACCACCAGACCAUGGAGGAGGACGGCACGCAGCAGAUCAGCCAUGACGUGGGGACCUAUCUGCUGACAGAGCUGGCCAAGAUGAGGGACAAGUAUGAGAUCAUCGGGGAUGUCAGAGGGAAAGGACUGCAGAUCGGAGUGGAGAUGGUGAAAGAUAAGGUGAGUGGGCCUAGUCCACCCUAUGGUGAAAGAUAAGCUGAUAUGGUGAAAGAUAAGGUGAGUGGGCCUAGUCCACCCUAUGGUGAAAGAUAAGCUGAUAUGGUGAAAGAUAAGCUGAGUGGGCCUAGUCCACCCUAUGGUGAAAGAUAAGCUGAGUGGGCCUAGUCCACCCUAUGGUGAAAGACAAGGUGAGUGGGCCUAGUCCACCCUAUGGUGAAAGAUAAGCUGAUAUGGUGAAAGAUAAGCUGAGUGGGCCUAGUCCACCCUAUGGUGAAAGACAAGGUGAGUGGGCCUAGUCCACCCUAUGGUGAAAGAUAAGGUGAGUGGGCCUAGUCCACCCUAUGGUGAAAGAUAAGGUGAGUGGGUCUAGUCCACCCUAUGGUGAAAGAUGUGAGUGGGCCUAGUCCAAUAAUCACAAAUGCACAUCAAGAAUAACAUGAAAAACUAAAGAUACCAUUUCUGUACACGUUACAUUAGUUCAACAAGAAAAAUGGUUUGCUGCAUUGUACAGUAAGAGCAAUGCAAAUGAGGAUUUCAAUGAAUGAGUUCAUGGCUAAUUGGGGAGACCUAAUCGUUUUUGUCUACAUAAUAUUAUCUGCUUUAUUCUCAGAUGGAUUAAUAAUUUGUCUUAAUUAGAUUAGUAAAAUGAGUAGCAUAAUUGGUAAACAAAGUAUUACUCUUGUUUUAUACUAUAUAUAUACAGGAGUCUACCUAUACAACAUCCUGUUUAUCAAAGAUCUAUCACUCACAUUGCAUGUGACUUGAACGUGUUUCUGCGCCCUCUCACAGGGUCAUGGUUCAGUUCAGAGAAAUUCAGUUCAAGUUACUUAUUAAUCAUGAGUAGAGGGUACUGCAUAACUGUAUGCAGAGCAUACCUGAACAUAAGCACUGACCUAACUCUCCAACCCACCCAGUCUCCCUCGCUUUGUCCUCCCUCUCUUCCAUCUUGCUGUCUCUCCGUCUCCCUCCCCCUCAGGCGAGCCGCAAACCUCUUCCACCAGCAGCCAUGAGCGAGAUCUUCGAAGACACCAAAGACAUGGGUGUUCUGAUCGGGAAGGGAGGAGUGUAUGGACAGGUAAGGGAAGGGAGGAGUGUAUGGACAGGUAAGGGAAGGGAGGAGUGUAUGGACAGGUAUGGGAAGGGAGGAGUGUAUGGACAGGUAAGGGAAGGGAGGAGUGUAUGGACAGGUAAGGGAAGGGAGGAGUGUAUGGACAGGUAAGGGAAGGGAGGAGUGUAUGGACAGGUAAGGGAUGACAGGGAGGAAGUGUAUGGACAGGUAAGGGGAAGGGAGGAGUGUAUGGACAGGUAAGGGAAGGGAGGAGUGUAUGGACAGGUAAGGGAAGGGAGGAGUGUAUGGACAGGAGGGAAGGGAGGAGUGUAUGGACAGGUAAGGGAAGGGAGGAGUGUAUGGACAGGUAAGGGAGGAGUGUAUGGACAGGUAAGGGAAGGGAGGAGUGUAUGGACAGGUAAGGGAAGGGAGGAGUGUAUGGACAGGUAAGGGAAGGGAGGAGUGUAUGGACAGGUAAGGGAAGGGAGGAGUGUAUGGACAGGUAAGGGAGGAGUGUAUGGACAGGUAAGGGAGGAGUGUAUGGACAGGUAGGAGGGAAGGGGAGGGGGUGUAUGGACAGGUACAGAUCCGGUAUGUCUGUCGGCAGGUCAAAUGAGUAGCCUAGUUGCGGUGUGAACCAAAUGCAUCCAGAGAGAAUGUAACAAACCAAGUAUCAGAUCAGUGCAUUCAGGUUAAAGUUACUGAUAAACCCUGGGAAUGUAGCACGGGAGGUCAAAAGGGAGCCUUGCCAUUUUCUGUCUUUGAGGUCAUAGUGUGCAGUGUUCUGAACAUUUGCAUAUUCAGUUUAGGUAAAGAAUGCACAGAUCACUGACAGCUUGAGGAUUUUUGAAGUGUCACUUGUUGCAUGUCUCUCUAUGAAAGACUUCCUAAAACCACAGAGAUUAGCAAUCUAUGAACAUACCGUUAUCUCUUUCCCACUCACAUCCUGUCUCUCUCUCUCUCACCCACAGACGUUCCGGAUCAAGCCCCCUAUGUGUAUCACCAGGGACGAUGCAGACUUCUUCUUGGCUGUGUUUAACCAGGCCCUACACAACUACAUGGAAGAUCAUCAUUAGGAUGGCUUUCACCUGGUCACUUCUUUCACAUAGAUCAAAGGAGGAGGAGGGAACUGGUUUUAGACAAUUGAGACAGGCACUUCAAUCACCAUCUAUCUGUCCAUCCAUGUGAGUAAGAUUAUUUACUAAGAAAGACUCUGGACUGGAGGACCCUCAUCUCUCCCACAUGUUGCAGAAUAUCAUCAACACUCAAAGAGUCCUACAUACAUAAUACAUGAAGAUAGCGUUGAUGUAGCCUGACCCCAGGUCUGUUUGUCUUGCAUGACCACGAUCAUUUGGAGUUUGUUUUACAGCACCAACAGAUCUGGGAACA